UCAGCUCAUCAUAAAAUGUCUUGAAUGUCUAAAUUACACUGUAUGCAUAACAGUUUGUUUUGCUUAGGUUUUAUUUUAAUUCUGAUCAACACAUUUAAAGUAAAGUAGCAUAUGUUUUCUUAUCACGUAGAACAACAAAAGGGUCUUACAUCUGUCAUAUUAUUGUGAUUGUUAGCCUGGGUAGUCUCUUUUCUUCAUUUGAUACAUUGUUGAAACUCUGCACAACCCGUCCUUGUUUGCUUCAUAAAGCCUUUGGAUAUACAAACAAGGUAUUAAAGGUGCAGCACAGGAAUGUCAAUCACCAAGUGUCCAUAGUUGUUGAAGAUAGCUUGUGCUGAACCUGAUUAUUUAUUACCUCUCAUCCUACAUGAGCUUAACUGCAUUGAGAUCUGUAUUUCUCAUCUUUUGUAGCCUUGUGAUCCCCCACUGUAUUAUUCUGCUGAAAAGGCCAGCUUGCAGAUGGGUGCACUAAUGCUUCCACACUCUCUUGGCAAGGCUAGAUCAUGACUAAAACAUACUGCCAACAUGAAAAAGAGUUCAUUAAGGACUGCAAAAACUGGAUUGUGUCUCUGUAUUUUAAACAAUUAGAGCCGGGCUUUUGGACUACAUCCUUGGGGUCCGCAGUGGCUGCAGGUUUUAGCUUUAAUCAAUUUCAUAAUUAGAACCCAUUGAUUACUAAAGCAAUAUGUUUUUGGGCUUAGUUUCAGUUAACCUGUUUGUUACAAUUCAUAACCCUUACCUGUCUUUUAGGUUUAAAGAGCUGCAUUAGGGUUUUAAUGUUACCUGUUAGCAUGCUUCCAUUUAAACCCCUGUACAUGCAUCCUGAAAUAUCUGUGUUAGUACAAUGUUCUGAAAUAAAAUGAGAGGGAGAAGGGAAGGUUCUAAGAGGUACAAAUCUUUUCUAGUCCACAAAAUACAUGGAUAAAGUUCUCAAAAAAUGAAACAUUUACAACAUAUUAAAGAUUUGUCUUGGAAGAAUGAAAGCACUAACAAGCCAUAGAAUUAUAUACAAAGUUUCAUUUUCUGUUAGACCUGGCAUCUGAAAUUGGUUGGAAUGAAAACCUCCAGGACCUUAAUUGAUGACCCCUGCAUUAAAUCAAGGCUUUUGAAAAAGGGGUCAUACAAGCCAGAAAAGAAACAAACAGCAACGGAAAAUGGCUAAGCAGGACUAGACAAAGCUUCUAAGUGAAGCAUACCAAGAAAUGCAGUGACGUCAUUGACACGCAGUCUUGCAGAUAUUACGUGCAAAGAUGAUGAACAUAUUGUCCUUGAGCCAGGAGACCUGUUUCCUCCUUUUUCUCCACCACCUUCUCCUCGUGAAUAUGAAAAAAAAGGACCACAGGACCCUCAGCAGUUCCGCCUGUUCAGAGUAGUCAGAACUCCCAUCAUAGACAAUGUCAAACGGUGUCUGGAUAUGGCUCUUGACCGACCUGUGACAGCACUCGAUAAUGAGAGGUUCACAGUCCAGUCAGCAAUGGACAAAUAUGCAUGUCCAGUGGUGCUGGUUGCCUUCUUAAUUACAAACACAGUUCGCUUUUGUUUUAAUGCUCCUGGUGUGGCACCUUGGCGGUUCAACUUCUUUCAGCUCCAGAUAAAUGGAGUUCUUCCCAUUCUUCCUCUCCUUUUCCCCAUAAUGUGGGUGCUUGUCAGUGCCUAUGGAGAAGCGAGGGUUUUGGCUGAAUCAAGCAAGGCUUCUCCCACAGGGCUGCUGGCUAAAUUCUCAGAGGACACUCUAAGCAGCUACACGGAGGUGGUGUCUUCACAGGAGAUUCUGUGCUGCAUCUGGAGACACUUCCUCAACAUCAUGCAAGGCAAGUCUCUGACACUGUGCUACACGUCAAGUGUUCUCCACAGCCUGGGCUCAGUCACAGUGCUCUGCUGUGUAGAUAAACAGGGUGUUCUGUCAUGGCCCAAUCCAAGCCCUGAGACUGUUCUUUUCUUUAGCGGUAAAGUGGAGCCACCACAUGACAGCCAUGAGGACCUCAAAGAUGAUGUGUCCAUGGGAUCUUUCUGUAGGAUGGAAGGGGAAGAAGACAGAGAAGAGGCCCAGGAAGCUGAUGCUCUUCUUUGUGCUCCUGCUCUUGACUCUGUGCAGAUGACAAAUGAAAAGGACCCGAGUGAAGUCUCUGUUGACACACCACGUUCAUCAGACACCCAGCGGCCUCGCAAGCAGAAAGAAAGCCGUCGGGCUAAACACCCUUCUGGAUCAAAUGUCAGUUUCAGCCGUGACACAGAAGGAGGCGAAGAGGAAAGUUCACAGAUCUGUGGUGACAGUGAGGUUCUGGACUAUGAGGCAGAGGAUUAUGUAUGUGAUUACCAUAUGGAGAUGCUGAGCCUUUCACAGGACCAGCAGAACCCUGUCAGUAUUCAGUUUGAUUCUUCAAGCUGGCAGUACCACCUAACAUCUCUCAAGCCUCUGGGCCUGAAUAUCCUACUGAACUUGUGUAAUGCAACUGUGACAGAGAAACUGUGCAGCUUCUCCGAUCACUUGUCCAACAUUGCACUCCAAGAAGCACAUGGCUCAGUUGUUCCCAUUCAUAUCCCUUGGUGGCUGUGUGAGCUCGCCCGGCUUAUAGGCUUUACCCCAGGUGCCAAAGAACUUUUUAAACAAGAGCACCACUUGGCCAUGUACCAGUUGCCUUCUGCUGAAGCAGCCAAGGAAUUUGGCUCUAAAAGACUUCAUCAGUUCACUAAGAGGCAGCCCCCAUUAAGUCACCUGAUUAGCCUGCUUGUCCGAGACUCCACUACUAAUAAUGUGCAGAUGCUCUCCCAUGGAACUGCAGAUCUUAUUCUGGAAGCCUGUACAGAUUUUUGGGAUGGCUCUGACAUUUAUCCUCUCUCUGGAUCUGACAGGAAGAAGGUGCUUGACUUUUACCAGCGGGCUUGCCUGUCAGGGUACUGCUCUGCUUUCUCUUACAAACCCAUGCAAUGCACAUUGUCCCCGGAAAUCAAUGGAAAGUGCAUUGAGUUGGUACAGCUGCCAGGACAACAUGCGAUCUUUACUCCCUUUGAGCUGCCCGGAACCACACCCAUCAAAUACAACAGUCGACGAAACAGCUGGAGUUCAGACGAGGGCAUCUAUGAAGUGGCUGAGAAAGAAGACUGCAUUCAGGCUCUGAGUGGCCAGAUCUUCAUGGGCAUGGUGUCCUCGCAGUAUCAGGCACGUCUUGACAUUGUCCGGUUGAUUGAUGCUCUAGUCAAUGCUUGCAUUCGCUUUGUCUAUUUCUCCAUGGAAGAUGAGCUCAGAAGCAAGGUAUUUGCUGAAAAAAUGGGCUUAGAGACUGGCUGGAACUGUCACAUCUCCUUAACUCCUAAUGGCGAUGGCCAUGGAUCAGAGAUCCCUCCAUCAAGCCCCAGUCACGCCGGUUCACUUCAUGAGGACAUACAUCAAGAUUCCCGAGACGAAGGAGAAGGAGCCUUACUGUUGGAUGAGGAAAGGCAUUCUGAUCUUGUGAGCUUCCAGCCAACUGACAGUGACGUUCCUAGUUUUCUUGAAGAUUGCAAUCGGGCCAAACUGCCAAGGGGCAUCCAUCAGGUGCGUCCCCACCUCAAGAAUAUUGACAACGUGCCUUUACUUGUGCCACUGUUUACAGACUGCACACCUGAGACCAUGUGUGAGAUGAUUAAAAUAAUGCAAGAGAACCAAGAGGUCACCUGCUGCUUGGGGAGCUCGGUCAACUUUCGAAACAACAUUCUCUUUCUGCAGAGUGACCUGAGCAUUGCCCUGGACCCCCUGUAUCCCUCGCGCUGCUCCUGGGAGACAUUUGGAUAUGCUGCCAGCACCAAUUUCUCCUCCGACACAGAAGGCCUCUCGCCUAUGCAGCUGUCCGGACUCCUGAAUGGCCUCGCCUGCUCCUUUUCUUUGCAGCAAGAGGAAAGCGUCAGCAUAGCAAAACUCAUACAGCAGGCUCGUCACACUACUUAUGGGAUCAGAAAAUGCUUCCUAUUUCUCUUGCAAUGCCAGCUCACUCUUGUGAUUAUACAGUUUGUGGCGUGCCUCGCCCAGCUCCCUCCUCCCAUCAACAUUACGGACAUCCUUUGGCUUUCAUGCUUCUGUUUCCCACUGCUAAGCUUAUCUUUGCUGGGGAAGCCUCCGGACAGCUCUGUCAUGACGGUGGCGACUGGGAAAAAUUUGGAUUCCAUUCCGAGAAAGACACGGCAUCGUUUCCUGAUGUGCUUCCUCAUAAAGUUUAGCGUCACUAUCUUGACUUACCUUUCCUGUUUUGGCUUUACCCUACAAACAUUCUGUGAAAAAUCUCGCACCAACUGUUCCUCUGUCAUUUCAACAAUUAAUUCUGAAGGCGCUCCCAACUGGUUUGGAGAGUUGGCGAACGGCUUGCUGCUCAUACAGAAGGUUAUGGCUGCCUUCUUGGCCCUGCAUACAGUGGUGGUGUCACUCAGCCAUGUCCAUCGUUCCAAACCUUUGUGGAGGAAGAGCCCCUUCACCAAUAAAUGGUGGUGCUUCGCUGUGCCAGUGGUCUUGCUGGGCCAAGUCAUUCAAGCAAUAGUGGACUUUAAACUGUGGAAUAACGUGCACUCUACUGUUGUCAUUACAAUGGAAGACAUACCUCUGUGGUCCUGGCUUUUGGGUUCACUCUCAGUUUUCCUGGUGGUGGUGGUGAAUGAGGUGGUGAAACUCCAUGAGAUCAGAGUACGAGUUCGUUAUCAAAAGCGGCAGAAGUUGCAAUUUGAAACCAAGCUGGGAAUGAAUUCCCCUUUCUGAAGGCCAGAGGUGCAGCUACAGCCCUAGCGUUGGUCAGAUGAGAGAGCGACACCUGAACGGACUGCAGAUGCUCAUCGUCAGUACAGCAGGAAGAUGAUCAGAGGCCCUUGACUGUAAAAUGUUUUAGUAUUUUUGCUGUGAACUGCCUGGAUGCUCAUUUUCAUACAAAAAGGUUAAAAAAAAAAAAAGUUGACUUCUCAAGCAAAUAUUUUUGAAUUUAUUUUUACCAUUGUUAAAUUAUGUGGAAGUACUCCCUGUGAAUUAUUUGUCUGAACUGUCAGAUACAUUUAAUAGAAAUACAGUUUGUACAGGCUACACAGUCUGAGUGCAAUAGUUAACUGAUUAAGCUUUUACUCUGAUUAUUUCAUGAAAUUUUCAAGCACAUCUCUUUAAGAUGCAAUGCAAGGCGUGAGCUGCUGUAAAGUACGUACUUCUGGAUCUUACCUGAACUGCACCUGCGUUUCUCAUUAGAUUGAGGAGACACACUUUAGUAAUCCUAAUGGGAGAUUCAGCUCAUGUUCCAGUAUGGUAUAAUCCAUUGUUUUUGUUUCGUGGCAAUUGCCAGAGACCUCCAAAAAAAAAAA